UCCAAGUAGAAUAAUGGAGACAAGUGAAUGGAGAAAUUAACUAACAAGCCAACUGUGACCUUGGGUCACGGUCUCGUAGUUGUGAUCAAGUGAUAAACAUUUAGCAUUAGCGUAACUCACUCAAUAAUUAACCUUUUGUACGAACCUAAAUAUAAUAUCAUACAAAAACAAAUUCAGAUAGUUCUGUGAUAAAGAGUAAUGUAAAUCGUUUAUUAAGUUAAUCAUGUGUGUCCUUUGAGUAGCCUCUGACUGGUGCAAAGCAUCGUGAAGUACAUUUCUUUUUAUGAUGGUACUGUGUGAUUUUCGGGAUGGGAUAAUAUAUACGAUACAGAGUAACUUAAACUAUCCUUUUGGAAUUCUAAAUAUUCGACACAUGGUUGACAAUUUUCCUUCUAACUAUUUAUUCCAGUUUUGUAUCUCUUAUAAAAUGCGAUUCAGAGUUAUGUAAUAAUUUUUUUACCUGUAAUUCACGAAUGCUUUAUUUAUCAUUAAAAAAUAAACUUGGUUCUAUUAAGAAUACAAAAUACCGUAAUCAAACCGAAAUAUACCCAAUUUGGUCAGUUUCUAUUCUCCCGUUUCGAUUACUAAAUAUUCUGUGGCUGAAGCCUCUUUGCAUACUCUUUUCCUCUUA